AUGGCGCCUCACUGGAUUUUUGGCAUGCCGGAAAGACACUGUAGGCAAAUUUCAUGGAAUGUCCUCAAAUCCUUAGCUAGGCCGGGAACUCUUCCCUGGUUAAUUUGUGGAGACUUUAAUGACCUAAUGUUCGCUGAAGAAAAGAAAGGGCGUAAUUCUCAUCCUCCAUGCUUAUUACAGGGUUUCUCGGAUACUGUGGCUGAUUGUGGUCUGAUUGACUUGGGAAUGUCGGGGUAUCUUUUUACUUGGGCUCACGGUAGAGGUCAAUAUCGGGUAGAGGAAAGACUGGACAAAGCUUUGGGAAACAUCAUUUGGCAGAACCAUUUUCCUAAUUAUCAGGUUCAGAAUUUAGUCUCAAGUAAGUCCGAUCACUCUCCUCUUCUCAUCCUUACUGCCCCAAGAAUAAAAAAUAUGAGGCACCAACGCUUUCGGUUUGAGAAUUUUUGGCUAGACGAAUCUGAUGUGGAUGCUGUGGUUAGAGAGAGUUGGACCAGUUCUGACGGAGUUGAUGUAACGGGGAAGAUAAAGCUUGAGAAUCUUCGGAUCAACGGUAAUAUUGAACAGUUUGAAGGUGUGCAGCGUAAGCUUGAUGAUGUUCUGCAUCGUGAAGAGGUCUUCUGGUCUCAAAGAGCGAAAUCCCAUUGA